CUUCAGUUUCCUCGACGGUGGUCGAGCACGAGCGUGGUUGCCUCUCCUCGCCAUUCUUUACCCGAUCCGAGAGAUACCGAGCGAUCCAGACCGAUCCGAGAUCCCGAUCGGACAGAACCUUGUCGUCGAUCAGGCACGAAAUCGUUGAUUACGAGACGUCAAUAGUGACCGGGGAGAAGAGAACGUGACCGCCGAAACUCUCACGAUGGCGCGCCUUAUCAAGAUAAUGUACGACGGCUACCGGGAUCUGAUGGACAACAAGAGCGACCCCAGGGUGAACGACUGGGCGAUGAUGAGCGGCCCGUUCCCCACCUUGGCCAUCGUGCUCGCGUACGUAUUCUUUGUGAAGAGACUGGGCCCCAAGCUGAUGGAGAACCGAAAGCCGUUCGACCUCAGGCGGGUGCUGAUAGUCUACAACCUCGUCCAAGUGAUCUUCUCCACGUGGCUGUUCUACGAGUCGAUGGUAUCCGGAUGGGGAACCCAUUAUUCGUUCCGCUGCCAACCGGUCGACUACUCGGACAACCCGUUGGCGUUGCGAAUGGCGCGUGGUUGUUGGUGGUACUACUUCUCGAAGUUCACCGAGUUCCUCGACACGAUCUUCUUCGUCCUCCGGAAGAAGAACGAGCAGAUCACCACGCUGCACGUGAUCCACCACGGCUGCAUGCCCAUGUCCGUGUGGUUCGGCGUCAAGUUCACCCCUGGUGGCAACUCGACCUUCUUCGGAUUGUUGAACACUUUUGUACACAUCGUGAUGUACACGUACUACCUGCUGGCCGCCCUGGGGCCCAAGAUGCAGCCGUACCUGUGGUGGAAGCGGUACCUAACCGUCCUGCAGAUGGGGCAGUUCGUGCUGGUGAUGGUGCACGCGGCUCAGCUGUUGUUCAUCGAGUGCGACUACCCGAAGGCAUUCGUCUGGUGGAUCGGCAUGCACGCGGUGAUGUUCUACUUCCUGUUCCGCAAAUUCUACGAGUCCUCGUACAAGGGGAAGAAGCCGAAGUCGUCGAAGAAGGACGAUGACGCGGCGCCAAAGCAGCAGGCGGAGCCCGUGACGGCGGCUAGCGGGGACGCGAACGAGAACGGCGCCAUCUACGCGAACGAGUACAAGAUGGCGACCGGGUACAUCUCGGACAGCGGCCUGAGGAACCGCGUGUUCAUUGACAACAGGGGCUUCAAGGAGUAACCGGACUGUCUCGGGCCGCCGAUCGAUUGGCAACCAGGCUGGGUACUGCGACCCGGACCCGCCUGACGGGCCCUCGCGGCGCAGCUGGCCCCUGGAUCCUUCGCGGACUUACCUUGUAGACGUGUAUGUGGACACUUUGUCGAAGAUGUCCGGACGGACCGCUCGCGACGAGCGGGGUUCGGCGAGUUCGCUCGCCUAAUCGCGGGCCCCUCGCCUGGGCCCGACGCUCCGCGCAACGGUCAUUAUCCUGCCCGCGGGAUACCUGCGUACGGAACGAUCAUUUUCACGCUUUCUGUGCGUGCGCGUGUAAGUCUGUGUGGCUGUGUGCGUGAAAGAGAGAGAAUGCGCGCGUAGAUCCCGGCUCGGACGAGAUUCAACGUGAUUAGGGUAACGGCGGAGCAAUCCGGGACAACGUUGCUCCUACUACCGACGGCGAUCACUGAUGGCAAGAGCGACUGGGAUUGCUCCGCGGGGCAGACGGACCUCGAAGAGAGAGAUAGAAGACUAGUUUCGUCUCGCUCGAUGCGUAGAGUGCCCCUUGUGGACGUGGUAUCGCUGCGUCGAGUGGGCGUGGCAUUGCUGUGUCGAGUGGUUGUGGCAUUGCUGUCUCGAGUGGGCAUGGACUAUCAUCAUGAGUAACGUGGUCCUACAGCUCUCGACCGGAGACACACUGCCUCUAGUGGACGUGAUAUCACCGACCUGCUGCAAAGAAACACCCACAUGCUACCCCUAGUUAGCGCGAUGUCACUAUCCCUAAUGCGCACGGUGUCACUGCUCUUAGCAAGUGUCAUUGCUGCACUUAGUGAGCGUGAUGUCACUGCCCCUAGAGGUCAUGAACUCACUGUUCUAUCAAGAUGUAGACCUGCUGCCUCUUGUUAGCCUGAUAUCACUGUCCCUAGUGCGCAUGGUGUCACUGUUCUACCAAGAUGUAGACCUGCUGCCCCUACUUAACAUGUUAUCACUGGCCCUAAUGGACGUGGACUGAUCACGCUACUAAGACGCAGAUUUUCUGCCCCUAGUAAGCAUUCUGCUAGUGGGCGUGGCCCCGUUACCCCCCAGUAGGCGCGGUCUCGUUGCUCCCAGUGGGCGUAGCCCCGUUGCUCCGAGCGGGUGUGGCCCCGUUUCCCCGAGUAAGCGCUUCUGCUUACGUACAAACAGGGUUGGGCAAGAACUUCCACUGUAAUUUCUACCCAAAUCAGUCGACACUUGCAGCUGAGAACAUUGAAAUAUCAUGAUUGGUUAACCGAUUCAAUUACUUCUUGGUCAACUCUGAUGCAGGGUACAAAAGUUGGACAAUAUUUCGUGCGAAGCUCGUCGUCGGGAUCCCGGGAAUUUGUAGAUCGGGGCCCACGGUCGAUCGGGCCGUCCCUCGACGAAUGCUCACGGCGAUCCACGAAUCCUGUCGCGGGCUUUGCCGCGACGUUCUCAUUGCUCAAAUCGACCAGCCUCGAUUAACUCCUACUUUCGUAGGGUAGCCGUGUCGUCGUCUGUACCUCGAUCGGCGACUCCGGGUGAUUCGUGGCGGGACCCGAUCGGUCCGUGGGCUGUCGAUUCUUGUUCCGGAAGUGCUUUAUCGGUUUCAUAGGGAACGUUGGUGACUUGGUAACGGAACUGCUCAGCGUGGACAUUACGGGUAAUCGAUAGAUUCAAUUCAAUAAUUCGUUUUUUUCCGCCGACCCAAUAUUUUUCUUCCGAGUUCGUUUUAGAGUUACAUUUCUGUGGCGUUCGAUGCCGCGGGGUCAUCGGUGACCCGGCCCUAUGCUAAUCUACUCGGCUCUGCGAUUUUUCUCUCCUACCUUCACCGGCUGGAACUUCUCCAUCGGUCGUCAUUGUUGUUCGUUUCGCCUGGCAUCUGGUAACAUUUGAUUACGCUGUUGGCAAUAUUCAAACAUUAAAUUGUACGUAUGAUAAUUACGGCAACGAUGCGGUAACAACGAUGGACUGUGAACGACGGAGAUAUUCUUGACUUUGGCGGCUGUAAAUAGCACUGAUAUUUCCCGUGAACGAUGUUUGUAAAAUUUAUGCGGCAUUUAACGUAAUUAAAUUGUCUUCCUGUAUUUGUUAGAGAACCGAGCGGUAUUGUUGAAAUGCGUGGAACGCGUUGCCUCGGACCGAGACAAAUCGAAAGCUUGGCUGGGCCUGUACAUGCGAAUGUGUACCACAUUCUGAACGCGUAGGAUAAGUAAUUUUGUACGAUACGGACAGAGCUCGCUGAUGAGAACAAGAAAUGUAUUUAUUUUAACGUCGAAUAAACUGUAUUGUGUUUUGCAUGAA